UCCGGUAUUUCCACUGCCGCCGUGUCAGCAGUCAUCCCCUGUACUAUCCACAGUCUCUGGUCAUCCCUGUGCUGUCCGCAGUCUCUGAUCAUCCCUGUGCUGUCCGCAGUCUCUGGUCAUCUCCUGUACUGUCCGCAGUCUCUGAUCAUCCCUGUGCUGUCCGCAGUCUCUGGUCAUCCCUGUGCUGUCCGCAGUCUCUGGUCAUCCCUGUGCUGUCCGCAGUCUCUGGUCAUCCCUGUGCUGUCUGCAGUCUCUGGUCAUCCCUGUGCUGUCCGCAGUCUCUGGUCA